AUGUGGCGGUGGACAGCACUAGUGGUAUUAGCAGUGCUUCACAAAAACAUUUCAUCACAACCAAUAACAGAUAACAGUAGCGAUGAUACGCCUACAGCUCAUCUGGACUUAGAGGAAAGUUGCUCUUGUGAAGACCUUGAAAAGAGCAUCAUACGUCGAGAUGUGAGAUACGAUGAUGCAAUUGAUGCUAGUAGUAGGGACGUGGAUGACUGUUCGUGUCGUUUUCGAUACACCGAUUCCCAGGGAGCUUCAUCACUACUGUUUCCAACUGCAAUGCGCUCUGCUGGGACUGACUUGAGGCCUGGUGAUAAAAAGGAGCCAAAGCCUCUUUUCAAUCCAGAAGUGGAUCUUGCUUCAUCUGUACUAGAACAAUUACGAGUAGCUACGGACGAGGAAUAUCAAGAGGCUCUUGCAAGGGACGCUGCUAAGAGUGCAGGAAGAGCAGUAGAAGAUGUUGUAUUUGAAGAUGCUACCCCCCAGGAAAGUGCUAAUAUGGUUACUAUAGUAGUCAAUCCAAAAGCUGCAGACAGCGAUAAUGUUAUACCCCAGGCAUCGAACAUUAAACAAUCCCGUUGUGUUAAUCCACUUCAAAGAGCGUCAAGUCCGAGUCUUUCAGAUAGACUUAAAUUAUCCAAAAAGAGGCCUUAUUAUAAAAAUUUACAAGACCUCGAUAGUGAAGUAGGUGCCAGCAUGAUUGAAGAACAGAAAAUAUCAGUUAAAAGUCCUUUAGAGAAUAAUAAUUUAAAAAGUAUUGUUACAAGUAACGACAUCGAAGAUAAUUGUAAUGUUCCUGACUUGAGGUCUACAUCUGAAGACCCAUAUCAAAAUAAAUUCGAAAAAUAUGACAAGACAUCGAGUUCAUUACUUCAAAGUAUAAAAGAUAGGAUACGCCCUUUAUCACGUAUACCAAAAUUUAAAUUACAACGCUCAGAAUCAGCAACAACCACCAAUGACCUUAGUCCAGCUCCCUCUACAAUUUACGAGCAAGCCACAAAAAAGGUUCCAUAUGAAAGAACCAAAUCACACUUGGAAGAUAUUAAACAGCAAAACAGACCAUUUAGUAUAACAAAUUUAUUGAAUUUAAAAGAUGUUGAGUUAAUACCACUAAAAGAUUUAUUUAGCAAACAAGCCAAAACGAGUAACUCCUUAAAAUCUGGUAAAUUACUGCCUUCUAUGUUUGAACAGGAUCAUGGUGAGAUUUCAAAUGAAAGUGAAACUGAAGUUGCAGAAGAUUGGCAAAAUACACGCCCUACCUUAAGAAAUGACCCCUUAGAUAAGGUUAUUACUAAACCAAGAUCAACUUCUAGUAUUAUAAAUCUUAAAAGAACUCCUGUGGAGACAAGUAUAUAUCGUGAUAAUUGUAACAAUGAAAAAGAAUCGAUAGAGUUAAAUAGAGAAGUGCAUAGGAAUGACUAUAAUAAACCUACAGAAGUAUUGUCUUCUAUACUUCAAUAUGAUGAUGGUGAAUUCUCAAUUGAAAAUGAUGAGCAAGACUCUGAUUCAGGAACAACACUCUAUACAGAAAUAAAUGAAUCAACUACAGAUAGCAUUAAUGAUCCUGAACCAAGUCCCAGUCAUAUAAAUUUUGAAAUAGGUCCUAAAGAAACACUCAACAUAAACGAUGGUUGUGACAGUGUAGGCCUUACAAAAGAAGCAGAUACUGAAAUUGGUGAGGGAAAGCCAAGGUCAACAGAAAUCCUAGACACAAUACCAGUUCUUAAUGAUGCUUUACCAAAAGCAACAUUUGAUAAUUCUAAUGAUUGCGUAGGAAAUAAUAACCGCCAAGAUUUAAUCACAGAUGCAAGCAAUACAGUAAGUAAUACAAUUGACCAACUGGAGACUCGGUCAUCUGAAAUUCAAAAUGUGGAACCUGAUUAUUUUAAACCAAACAAUAUAGAAGGAGACGAUGAAUCGAAAAUGACCAAGGAACCUAGACCUAAAUUACUAGAUCCUAUCGCAAUCGAUAAAACUAUAUCAAACAUCAAAAGUUAUAUUUUAAAGAAAAAAGAGGAUUUAAACAAAAUUAAAACGAGCAUAAAAAACCGAAACAUUCCUAACCAAGAAAGUGAAGACAAUUCGGUAACUAGAAACAUAAACGAGGAUUGCACAAAUGAAGCGUCGGUACUUAUAAGUACAGUUAAUUCCAUAGAUCUUAAUGAUAAUUUCGAGGUAUUUACAACUACAAAACUCGAUUUAGCUGAUGAUAGAUUGGAAAAUACAUCAACAACCCCAUUGCCAAAUGUAUCUAAUGAUUACACACAAGAUACGUGUGUGUCUGCUGAAAUAAGCAUGCAAGAUUUGCAGCAAUUGUCUGAUUCAAUAUUACAACAAGAAGAGCGACAGUUAACAAAUGUAGAAUGCAAUAAAUCUUCAAAUGAAGAGGAACUAGACUCUUCACAAAAGAACAGUGAAGGUUCAGAUUUUCUAGAUUCAGAUAGUUCUGCUAGUACCCCUAACCAAGCUGUUGUGGAACCUGAAAACUUUGACAAUAUGCAGGACGAAUCUGAAGGAAUAAAUGCUGCUUGUAAUACGGAUUUUCCUUCACAAAUAGACGUCAAUGCUCAGGCCAGUGAAAUGAAUAUAAGCACCAUUCCUAAAGCAAGUGAAACUCUUGGCAUGCAUUCAACCUUCAACCAACCAAUAACACCUACACUUGAUUUGUUCAAAAACUCACUUAAAGACAUAAAUGACGUUUUAAAAUUGCCUCCACUGGAUCCUUUAAAAGAAAAAAUCGCAAAGUUCUUUGAUAAAAAUGAAAGAAAUACCGAAGAUAUUUUUCCAGUGGCAGUAAAAUCGAAGCCCUUAAAUAUUUUAAAUUCAUUUAAAACGACAGAUUUGAAUUCGCCUAAUUUUCCUGUGCAAACGCCAUUUUUGAGGCUUUCAGAGGAUCACGAUUUUGAUCAUUUGGAAGAAACGCGUAAAUCCAGUUCACUUCCUAAUAUGCCGAAUGUUGAUCCACAAUCAUAUAAAUCAGAGUCAUCGGUGUCAAGAGGUUUACAAGGUAAACCAGUUAAUUUAAAGUCUGCUCUGGAGGAUAACAAAGUUAGCGAAAAAUAUCUAAAAGCAAGCAAUAACCUAAAUGAUCAUCUUAAUCCACUCAAUGACUUGAGAAGUCAAUUAACUGAUUCUUCAGUUGAAGCAUCGAACAAUAUUUACUCCUCUUUAAGAAAUACUCAAAACGCUGUUGAGUCGAAGCUUAGACAAUUAAAAAAUAAUAACAUGAAUUUAUUAAAAACUCCAAUUCAAAGUUCAUCAAGUUUGUUAGAUACUUUGACGCAAAAUCAUGAAGAUAUGAAUGAUAAAUUGAGAUCCCUUCAUGUGGAUUUUAAUGAUAGAGUUGAAUCAAUGAGAAAUGAUUUGAUUGAUAGUUCGAAACGGUUAACUAGUGGAUACGGCGGUCCUAAACCAAGUUUGAAAUCACCUAACAUCUUCAAUAAACCAGGUUAUGAGAAUAUCAAUCAUAAAUUGAGAGCCUUACAUAUGGAUUUUAGUGAUAGAAUUGAAUCAAUGCGAAAUGAUAUCAUUGAUAGAUCAAAACCAUUAACUGAUGUAUGGCGGGGUACUAAAUCAAAUUUAAGGUCAUCGAGUAACUUCAACAAGCAAAAUAAACCUAAUAAACCUUUAAAGAAAACUUGGAAAGCUUCGAAUACAAGAGAGCCCCAAUUAUCUUCUACUAGGAAACAAAUGCCUUCGAGAACCAGUUUAGCAUCAAAAACUUUAGAUCUAAAGAAGCUUCGAAUGCCAGCCGCUGCGAGUGUGCCUGUUCCCAGAACUGUACAAAUACCUGAACUUAAAACAACUUCUUCAAAACUACCACCAUCUUUACGAAAAGUAUCUCUAAACAAUGAUAGAAAUUUAAAUGAAGAUGUUUCGAGAAGUUUUGGAGGACAAGCUAGUACUUUACAACUACCCAGCACGUUGAGAAACAGAAUUAAUUUGAAAAAGGAGAACACGGUAACGGUAUCUUUUUCCACAACGCCUCGACCAGAAAAGUUAAAUAUACCUAAUUUCCGAAGUACUAUACCACAAAAUACAGCUAAAGGUAGAACAAAUUUUGAAACGAGACCAAUCUACGAAGAUCGCAAUAGAUCACCAAGUAUAUUAAAAAAAUCAAAAACCUCAGUUCUUAAUUACGACCAGCCAAACAAAUAUAGAUACUCAAAUAGAGAAGUAAAUGAGAAACUUUUAACAAACCCAAUAGGACUUAAAGAAAAAAGUCAGCUAAAGGUAUCAGAAACUGCCUUGCAGUCCUGGCCUAAGGCCUCAGAAAGUGCCUUUUUAUCUAAAGUCAAAGACGCGGUUAGAGAAAGAUUAUCGUAUCUUAACUCAGCUAAAGCUUUAAAGCAAAGCAUGCAGGGAGAUAAAGCUAAGGAUAUGAGAGAACUGUCAGUUCUGAAAUCUGAUAUGACACGAUCAGCAUCAGAGAAUAAGGAGAUUGUGCAUAAGCAGAUGUUAAAAGAAAACGUUUCUUAUAAUUGUAAGAUGACAUGUACUAAAGACUGA